CUUUCAUUUAAACUCGAUAUUUUUAUUAAGAAACACAACGCUGCAAGCGGUGAACAAAACCACAAUUAAGAAUUUAGAACGGCAAGCACGGAGACAGAUUGGAUUACGGUUUGAGUUGCUCGUAUAAAACAAUCAUAAGCGUAGUAUUUUCAAAAUUUUUAUUGGAGGGUGAAAUACCUAUAUCAAACAAUUGAAACAGUUAAAAAGACAUUAACUGCAGUACUUAAGAGUACUUAUAAAAAAUAUUUUUUUGAACAAAAACUGUAAUCACAAAAAAAAGCACUAAUAAAUGUGCAAAAAAACAUAGAAUUAAAAGUAAAAGUGUUAAAUAGUUUAUCAGCACUAAGUGAAAGUGUUUGUUUAAUUGCAAAACUAAAAAGACAUGCAAAUAACGCUAAGAAUAUUUAUCUUCACAAUCCUCGCUUGUGGCUUUGUGGCGAAAGUCAAUGCCUACUGCUCGCUGGAGAAGAUGAAAAAAUUCGCCAUGGAGGCAUGCGAGCACUUAUUCAUGCAAGACGAGGCGAGGGAGAAGCGUUCAUUGCCCAUGCCAUAUGAACACAAUUUCAUACAUCACAAUGAAUAUCCAAAACUUAAUGAUAAACGCCAUUACAUCAGUCGCAGCUUAUACCCACGCGGUGGUUAUUUGAAAGUGGGCCAGGAACACUACCAAAUUCUGAGUCAAAUCGAUGUGGUGCCACGUUAUAAGCCAAAAAAGCUGCAUCACGAAAAGAAGGACCGCUACAAACGAGAACAUGCGGCCAGCUACAACAACAUCCCAUAUUGUUGUUACAACAAAUGUGAAGAGGAUUUCUUUUGCUAAGCGUGCGUUGUUUAGCAUUUAGACUUUUCAAGCUAAACAAUUCAGCGGACAAGGAGCUUUGCACACAACUUAAACGUGCAAUUCAUUCGCCCAAUCAACAUUCCAGCCAGCAGCCAAUAUAUGUAUAUACUACCUAUUAAAUUUAAUUUUUUAUACGGUUAAUUUUUUAUUUGUACAUUUUGAUUUUAGUUUUAAUUUAAAUUUUAGUUAAAUAUUAUUCUCCCAUUAGCGCAGCAGAGCGCGCAAUGCACCAUGUGUACCUUAUUAAUUAGUAUUUAUUAUUACUUUAGACAAAAAUACGUAGCAACGUAUACAUGUAUGCAUCUAUGUAUAUUUACGCAUGCACUUUAAUCAUUUAAAAGAAUCUUUGCGCCAAACAUUGUAAGCCCUGCAUCACAUUUUCGCAUUGCUUUGAUUCAUACAUCGCCAUAUAUAUGUACAUAUAUUCAAACAUCUUUAGCGACUUUUCCAUCAGCCAGUAUUAGCAGUUAAUACUGCAAAUUCGAAAUAUUGUAUACGUUCGUAUAGCUCAAGUAACUUGUUAUUUGUUUUAUAAAAAAUAAUCGAAUAAAUUCCUUUGAUAUAGUAAAUAA